AUGGGAAUAAAAGGAUUAACAAAAUUCAUUGCGGAUGCAGCACCAAAUGCUAUCAAAGAAAUAAAAAUUGAGAACUUAAUGGGUAGGAUAAUAGCUAUUGAUGCAUCAAUGUCCUUAUAUCAAUUCAUAAUAGCUAUAAGAGAUUCUGAUCAUUAUGGGAAUUUAACAAAUGAAUCAGGUGAAACAACUUCUCAUAUAUCAGGAUUGAUGUCAAGAAGUAUUAAAUUAAUGGAGAAUGGACUAAAACCAAUUUAUGUUUUUGACGGAGCCCCACCAGAAUUAAAAGGUUCUGAGCUUGAAAAAAGAGGAGAAAAAAGGCAAAAAGCAGAAGAAUUGUUGCAAAAAGCAAAAGAAGAAGGAGAUUUAGAAGAAAUAAAAAAGCAAAGUGGAAGGACAGUACGUGUUACUAAAAAACAAAAUGAAGAGGCAAAAAAAUUACUAACAUUAAUGGGAAUACCUAUUGUUGAAGCACCUUGUGAAGCUGAAUCACAAUGUGCAUUUUUAACGAAGUAUGAUAUAGCACAUGCAACUGCAACAGAAGAUGCCGAUGCGUUAGUUUUUGGAACAAAGAUAUUGAUUAGAAAUUUAAACGCUAAUGCUUCUUCAAAUCAAAAUAAAAAUAAAAACUCAAGUAAAAGAGGUUAUAUAUUAACUGAAAUAAAUUUGCAACAAGUUUUAAAAGGUUUAAAUUUAACAAUGAAUCAAUUUAUUGACUUUUGUAUUUUGUGUGGGUGUGAUUAUUGUGACACUAUUAAAGGGAUUGGUUCAAAAACUGCUUAUAACCUUAUAAAGGAAUAUAAUUGUAUAGAAAAUAUUAUUGAAAAUAUUGAUAAAAAUAAAUAUCAAGUCCCUACUAAUUUUAGAUUUGUAGAAGCAAGAAAUUCAUUUAUAAACCCAAAAGUUUUAACUAAAGAAGAAAUUAAAAUAGAUUGGAGCGAACCAAAAAUUGAUGAAUUAAAAGAUUUAUUAAUUAAAGAAUAUAAUUUUAACGAAGUUAGAGUAACAAAUUAUAUUAACCGAUUAUUAAAAGCUAGAAAAGUGACAACACAGAGGCGUCUUGAUAAUUUUUUUACUGCUUGCACUAAAAAAAGCACUAAGUUGAUCAUCGAAGAAAGCCAAAAAGAUCUGAAAAAAAAACAAAAAGGAACAAAAAGAGAUAUUGCAAAUAAUAAUACGAAACUUAAUAAGAAACAAAAAACGGAAAAAAAAACCAUUAAAAAAGAGAGUGAACAAAAUGAGCAAAUAAAAAAAGAAAAAGAUGAAGUUUCAAAAGAACUAGAAGAGAAAACUCAAUAUAAUAACGAUAUUCAUCGUCAAAAUUCUUUAGAUGACCAGAUGGAUUCGGAAUCGGGUAAUUUAAAAAAUAAUAAUAUACAAAAUAGUUUAAAUAUUAAUAGUAUAAAUGAUAGUAAUAAUGUUGAGAUUGAUAAUUCUAUAUAUAAUAACUCUAAUUUAAAUAAUAAUAAUAAGAAUGAUAUUAAUUUAAGUAAUAAUAGUAAUACUUUAAAUAAUAGUAAUAAUUUAAGUAAUGAUAGUACUUUGAAUAGUAGUAGUAUCACUUUAAAUAGUAAUAAUGUUAAGAAUAUUACUGAAAUAAAAAAAAAAAAUAAUCUAUUUUUGUUACCAUUUUGUCCAAAGAAUGUUACUAAAGUUAAGAAAGGGAAGUCCAUUCAAAGAUGCUAA